CUGGCAGCGUAGCAAACACAAUCUAUACGUGUUUCAUUGAUGACAAGAUACGUUGUCACGCGAGGAGCAUCCUAUGUUGAUACACGCAACUCGGAAAAAUCAGCUUCGUUUUGUUUCGUAGCGUUAAGUGAAAUUAGAGAAUGAAGAUGCGCUGAUGUUAAGCUGUGAUACACGUUAUAAAACGGAGAGCUUCGGUGCUUCUAUCGUGAGAAAUCUACCUGCCUAGGGAAAUAGUAACACACAUUGUAUAAUAAUUUGAUGUUCCGCUAUUACAAUUUUAAAAGCUGUCUUGAAUAUGCGCGCGUCAAGUAUCAAACGCUGGAAGAUGGCGGAGAAUGUGAGUGCAUCGAGAUUUUUAUUUGGGUGUGGAAAAUUAUAAAAUUGUUUGAUUCUUUGAUUGUGGAUGUUUCAAUAUAACAGGAAAACGUGUUAUAUUCGUAUAAGUGAUAUGUUAUGUGAUAUUUAUACGUUUCGAACAAGUACUGGAGAAUAUUUCAUAGGUAUAUGAUAUUAAAUAUUUAUUUAUAUUCGGUAGAUUAAUGUUGAUUAUUUGAUAAGGUAAAGCCGACGGAAAUCAAUAUAAAUGCAAUAGCGUUAUGCAAAGUGGUAUUUUAGUACAAUAACGAAGUUUACAUAAUUUGAAUACUUCUGUGUUUGUCUUUCGUCGUCAAAUGUUACAUGUAAAAUUGUAAAUGAGGUAUUUAAUAUAAAUGAUUGAAACUUUGCGUAACAUAUGUGAUGUAACGUCGGGAAAAAUAACAUUGCCGCCUAAAUAAAUAUAAAAUAAACAAACAAGUAUGGUUUUAUGAUUUAAGCGGACAAAGCCACAGUGUAGACCGCGACAGAAUACUGUAUAGCUGCAAACAAAACUGAAAACCAAAGCAAUAUAAUAAUUAAAGGAUGCCAACACGUGGCUACCAGUAUAACCUGUGAAAGGGAACCUAUCGACCCGGUCAGAGUGUAUAAAUAUAUAUGUGUACUUUAUAAUAACUAUUGAUCACGGCAUGGUCAGUGUGUAGGCAAUUCUCGACUGUCACGUGGGUUCCAUUGCGGGGACCAUGUCGAUAUUCCCGACCCCAAGCGAGCAUCCCCAUCAUGCGCGUUUCUAGGGCGACCCCUCUGAUCACCUUGCUCACACUCAUGUGCUGUUUCGGCCCGACCUUCGGGUAUUUUGGAUUGUCCGCCAAGAAGCGUAUUCUGGUGUCCAGCGUCUCGUUCCACCCGCACCUGGUGGGCGACCGGAAGCACGACGACACUUCCGGUAUGUCGACUGGGGAGCUCUGCGACCUCAUGUGGCUACACCAGAAACAGCACCGGAUGUGCCUACGCGAUCGCGGCAUCGCGGACACACUGCUGGAGGCGGUGAGCCUGUCCACAAACGAGUGCGAGUACCAGUUCCGGAACGAGCGCUGGAACUGUUCGCUUGAGGACCAAUAUAGACUCAACAUACUUAAGAAAGGUUUCAAGGAGACAUCAUUCCUGUACGCAAUCAGCUCGGCGAGUCUCGUGCACACGUUCGCGCGUGCGUGCAGUAGGGGGACCAUCGAGCGCUGCACGUGUGACGAGGCGAAGUCGCUCAAGAACGAGGAGGCGUGGCUCUGGGGCGGAUGUGGGGACAACGUGCGCUUCGGGCUAAAGUUUUCCCGGCGCUUUUUACGAGCCGGGAAACGGCGCGGGAAGGAUAUCCGAGCGAGAGUGGACCAGCACAAUAUCAAACUGGGCAGAAAGGUUGUAAAAGCGGAAGUGAAGACGCGUUGCAAGUGUCACGGCAUUUCCGGUUCCUGCACGGUACGCACGUGCUGGCGUCAGCUCGCUACAUUCCUCGACAUCGGUAACAUAUUGAAAGCGAAAUAUGAAAACUCGUACAAAGUGUUGACAUUUACAAAUGACGCCACCGGGAAGUCACCGAUAUCUAAUGACGUCACGUUGGAGAACAAUUCCGGGAACAUCGUUCGACCAUUGCAGCUCAAAGAGCUGACUGGCGACAACAGAACAGACAGAGGCACAGUGAACAAUCGAUUCCGUAAAUCGAAGUCGAAGCGCGAUAGAACCUCAGUGCAAACUUCUAACAAGAAUAGAAAUUCGGACGGUGAUAUUGCCCCAAGUUCGAACUCGAUGGUACAUUUGGAGGACUCCCCCACAUACUGCGAGGCCAGUCCUUACAGUAAAGGAACGCGCGGGCGCGUCUGUGAUAAAACCAGCUGUGACGUCAUGUGCUGCGGCCGCGGUUACAACAUCCGGUCGACCAUCGUGCGUCGUGCCUGCCAAUGUCAGGUGCACUGGUGCUGUUACGUGGACUGUAAGCAGUGUAUAAACGAGGAGGAGGUAUUCUUGUGCAAAUGAAACGACACAUGGUGAGCGCGCCACGUAGAUGUACCGGAAGUCGAAGCGCUCGCCGUUUUGUUUUUAGUGGUUUAAGUAAAGACGGUUGAACAUCGCUUACAAUAAUUUUUCAAAUGAAAUUAGUGUAAACUGUUAUACAUCGAAAAAUGCUUUCACCUGUCACGUGAAAUUAUAAACGACUUAUUGUCAGAUGGCAAGUGUACAUGGAACAAGCACGAUAAUUUAAGUUAAAAGGGAUAAUAUGGGUAUAUGAUUGAAUAUACCAGCUAAGUGCCCUCAAUCGAUAGUCUCAUCUGUCGCAUUAACAAAAUUAAAUUGUGUUUGAUAUGGAGGAUCAUGUUUUUCAUCAUUUUCAGAGCUGUGAAGAAUUGGCUUCCAUAUUUCGAGUAGAUGAACGCAUGAUUUGUGAAAUGUAUGAUUCUUCUAUGCUUCCAAUUUUAGCGGGCAACGUCCCGACUAUGGAACAAUACUUUGUGUUGUGUAUGUCAUCUCGACGUUUAUGGUUGUGAAAGUUGCCAUAACAAUGGCUUAUUUAUUUAUUGAACUGUGUGUAUAUAUUUUGAAUAUUUUGCUUACAAUAAACAUACAUUAUUUUUUA